AUGUUUACCACUCAAUUCUCAUCUGUCCACCGCACUCCAAUCUUACCAGCGGCAGAUUUCAUCUCUCCCAACCCAAAACGUUCAGGUUUUAUUUUCAGUUCAAGUGAUUUAGAGAAAUUACCAAAUUAUGAUGCUACAACUCCCAUUCUUAAUUAUCAACCUCAAUUUCCUAUAUCACUACCAUCACCCAUCAUUAUCAAUCAGCCUAUAUUAGAGCAGUUGAAUUCCAAUUCAGAGUUUUCAACUACCACACCUUCAGGUCAAGAUAAUUUGAAUGAUGCUAUGAAAUGUAAAGUCUUGGAUGGGUAUGGUAAGUCAUACGAGUUUAGUCAACUCAUAGACAGAAAAUCACCUACAGUGGUGAUUUUUAUUAGAAACUUUAGAUGUGCAUUUUGUCAAUCAUAUAUCCAAAAUUUGUCAACUAUUGUAAAUGAACGUGAAGAGUAUGGAUCCAUCAGAUCAGCUGGCAUAAAAGUUGUUAUCAUUGGUCUUGGGAGCCAUUCGAUGAUCUUGAAAUACGGCGCUCUCUUCAAGUGUCCUUACCCGAUCUAUACAGACGCAUCCGAGUCAAAUGAACUCUACGGGGCUCUUGGAAUGAGCAAAAGAAGUUCAGAAAGUGGCCCUGAAAGUAACAAAGGGGAUUACUUAGAUGCCAUGUCCAAUCUCGAACUCUUUAGAUACGGUGUUAAGAACUCAUUGAGAUUACCAGCAUUGAAAUCUUGCGGGGAUUUGAAACAGCUAGGAGGAGAGUUUAUCUUCGAACCGGUACCUACCUUCAAUUCCUCAAGGGUACCUCUCAAGCUCAACGCCUUCGAAGUGAAGGCAUUAACAAAUUUCAGCUUAGGACCAUCGCCGCUCUAUGCCGCCAAACCUCUCGUUACAAAGUCGGCGAGAGUAAACUUAUCGUUCGAUCGUUCUUCAAGUUUCAUCUCGCCAACUGAACAAGAGUUUUUACCGAUUCCGAUUGUAACCGGGUUACCUGUUACGAAGAGUACGGUAGACAUUCAUUGCAAAUUUGUUCAUCGAAUGAGCUUCACAAGGGAUCAUUCGUCUUUGUACGACUUAUUUGGUCAAGCAGGUAUCAGAUUAAGUUCUAAUCCGAAAAAAACUUUAGAUUGGCUCUGA